CUGGCACAACCAGUUGUUUAGGAAACGCGCAAGUUAAAACAACAUAUUGGCUCGUAUCUCCAAUAGACAGGUGGUAUUCAUUCGUGCAGUGAGUGGAGCUUUAACAUAAAAUUGUUAUUCGACAGUUAAACAUUUCAUGACAAAAAGUAUAUUUAAUCUAACUUACACAACGCCAGAAAUAAAAAGUGAAAGCCAGCUGAUAAAAUAAAAUCAUUAUUUACCUAUAUUGCAUUAUCUGAGAGUCAAUAAAUUAAAAAGAUCUAAAAAUAAUAAAAAAAAAACAAAAAUGUCUCAUCAACAAGAAAUUACCGAGAGUCAAAAACAAAUUCUUGCAACUUUUCGUUCUAACGUCAAGGAUGUGUUAAAUGAAACCCACGAUGACUACUUCUUGAUGCGUUGGCUUAGAGCUAGAAAAUGGAAUCCAGAAAAUGCUGAGAAAAUGUUACGUGCUAGUCUUAAAGUUCGUGCCAUGUGGAAUGUAGACAGUUUAGAAAAGUGGGAAGCUCCCAAGGCCUUAAAGGACUAUUUACCCUAUGGUAUGGUGGGUUACGAUAAUGAAGGUUCACCCAUUAUUGUUUGUCCUUUUUACAAUUUGGACAUUUAUGGCAUGUUACACUGUGUCACCCGCUUUGAUUUUCAACGUUAUGUGGUCAUGCUGCUGGAGCGUUUUAUGAAGGCCGGUUACGAACAAAGUAAAAUUCAUGGACCCAAGUCACGCCAAUUAGUUGUGUACUUUGAUGUGGCUGAUUUUAAUUUGAAACAAUAUGCCUGGCGUCCAGCUACCGAAUUGAUUAUAUCCAUGAUUAAACAAUAUGAACAAAAUUAUCCAGAAAUUUUGAAAAUGUGUUAUAUAGUCAAUGCCCCAAAGUUGUUUUCGGUUGGUUUCAAUUUCAUCAAAAAAUUUUUGGAUGAAUACACCAUGAGCAAAAUCAAUAUUUACAAGUCUGGCAGUGAUAAAUGGAAGGAUGGUUUAUUUAGUCAUGUUGAUCCCAAUAUUUUUCCCAAAUGUUUCGGAGGCAAUUAUGUGCAAAAUGGCGAUGAAAGAUGUAGUGACAUGAUUGUUUGGGCUGGCAAAAUUCCCAAGGAUUUGUAUUUAGAACAGAAGGACGAAUUCGAUAGCGAUAAAAACUUUAUAGAGACAGUGGUUAACAAGGGUCAUAAAUUGAAACUUGAAUUCGAUGUGGGUGAAAAGAAGCCCGGUGAGGAAGAUCAGAUUUUAUCUUGGGAAUUCCGCACCAUCGAUUAUGACAUCAAAUUUGGUAUCUAUAGUGUGGAUAAGAUUACGGGAGAAAAACAAAGUGAGGUACUUUUGGGCACUGUUUCCUCUAAUGAAAUGGAUGAAGUAGGCUUCUUUUUCACUCGCCCCAACACAAAAUGGACUGUGGUUUUUGACAAUUCUGGCAGCUAUUUGCGCAGCAAAAAGUUGCGCUACUGGGUGUCUUUGAUCUCUGAAAAUGACGACAUUACCGAGCUACCCUCUCAACAAGGCCAAACUGAAUUGGUGGCUGCUGAUAAAUAAAUUGUAGUCGUAGUAGUAGAAGUAUUAGUUAUUAAAUACAGGAAAACUGUUCCCUCUUAAGAUGUAUGGAACGAAGUAUGUAUAAGCUAGUAAGCCAAAAGCUUAGUUAGAUAUUUCAUUAACUAAUUUAAUAUUAAAUUCACACACAAAACAUUCCAAACGGGUCAAUAAGUUUAAGCUAAAUAUCUUAGUUAGGAAAUUGUAAAGGACGUAGCAGAUAAACAAUUUUUGUAUAUAAAAUAAUAACUAUUUUCAAUAUUUUUCCGCGUUGUGGGAUUUUUCUUAAUUUUUUUUUAAUAAUUGUGAUACUACUUGAACGUUUUUUUUGUUUGUUUUUAAAUAAUUAAGUAUAUUUUAUUAGUUUUGUUCUUAAAUUGUUUGUUUAUCAUCUUUUUUUUUUCUUGUAAAUACAAUACUUAUAAAUUAAUGUGAUUAUAUUUAAGUAAAUAUUUUUUUUUUGUUUAAUAAAAUAUGAUUUUUUGUUUAUCCAAAAA